AUGCGUUUCUCAACCAUCAUCCUCUCCACCCUCACCGCCUUCGCGGCCGCGGCACCCGUCACGGACACCCUCGAGCCCCGCCAAGGUAACAACAACAACAAGAACAACAUCGACCUCGCCAACCUAAACAACCUCCAGGGCUUCCGCAACCUCGACCUAAACUACCUCCUCGCCCUCAACAACCUCAACCUCCAGGGGCUCGGCCAGCUGGACCAGGUCAACAACCUCAACCUCGCCGCCUUCCAGAACCUCUUCGCCGCCCAAAACUUUGACCUCAACGCCCUGCUGCAGCUGCAGCAGCUGUCCACCGUGCUCGCGAUCCAGCAGCAGGGCGUGUUUGGCAACGUCAACCUGGCGCAGCUGAACCUCGGCGGGUUGAACCUCGGGCUCAUUGGCGGGGUUGGGCAGGUGAACUUGGGGCAGUUUAUUGACCAGGGGUUGGUUGGGCAGAUUAACCAGGUCGUUCAGCAGUCUUCUGUCGUUGUUGUUGGCAAAUAAGCAUUCCGCAUCUAGUCUUCAUGGGAUGGGGUGAUGUAAUGCAUUCAUAAAAUGGGACACGAAUUGUCACAUUCAGGAUAUGGUGUUUCAAUCUCUUUUCUUUUCUCUUCUCUCUUAAUGACCGGUGCAUGAACUUUCCUUGAUUCUACAAACUUGGGGGGACUUGGUCGAUACAGGUACUAGAAUCAAGAUGGCAUGUAUGGAUAUAGGUACCGUGGCAAAUGACGAAUCCUCAUCCAGAUCGACUUUCCGCUGCGUAUGAAUGGUAAAAUGGUAUGGAAUUCUCAGUGACGCUGGUGAUAUGGUUUCAGUGAAGUUGCUGUCAUUAGUCCAAUUCAAGUUCCUAGACUUAGAUACAAAGUCACCAGGUCUAGUGAGAACAAUCGAGACAU